AUGUCGCGAUCCAUGGAUUCGAAGACCAAUAAGUUCAUGGAAUUUGUAGAUGGGACAUUGCAUCGUCGUCAGGAAAAUAUCCAAAGGCUCUUAAUCUGCUGGGAUAAACAUUUGAAUGAAGAACGGCUCAAUUCAUGGAUCACCAGUGCUGUAAGGCAUAACGUUCAACAAGUUCGUUUAAAUUUAACUCAGGAUGAACCGCUCAGUAUCACCCUGUCUCUUUUUACUUGUGAAUCACUAGUUUCCUUGAGUAUAUCCGCUGAUGUCCGCUUUCCUAACUAUAUCUCUCUUCCAAAACUCAAGCGUCUUGAGCUUGAGGGUGUUGAAUUCAGCGAUGAAAACUGGAAUGAGAAUCACUUUUCCGAUUGCCCAGCCCUUGAAAUAAUCAGAAUGGAAAAUUGCAUUUGGGUCCAUAUGCCAUAUUUCUGUAUUUCAACUCCUACACUGAAAAGCUUUAACAUUGCUAAUUGGGAUGACCAAUGGUUACCGCGUGGAGAGGAUGACGGGUUAGGAGAAUCUGGAGUCUUUUUAUUACAAUGGUAG